AAUCUCAUUCGUGCAGCGGUCGAAGCAGGUCUUACCGGAUCGAAUCCCUGCAAUUUAUCGUGCGUACCGCGCUCGGAACCAAACUUCCGACGACAAACGUUCCGUGUCUUUUCGAUAGAAAAUCUUCGGUCAUCGUGCGAGUUCGUUCAUAACUUCACCAAUCAACAUCAACUCAAAAAGCGUACUUCUGUACCGUUUCGAUUUUGGUGUGCAUAUUAGCGAGCGAAAAGUGUGUAUUGGGAGCGUGUGUCCCUGAGUGGUGGAAAGCAAUCGUGUGCCCAGUGUGGUGUUGGUUUCGGAAGCUGGCGGAAUAAAAGUGAUGAUUUUAAGAAAACCGGAUUCGGGUGGCCCCGUAUGGUGGUGUUGAAGGGAUAAAAGCUGGCCGCUAGUGAAUCAUUCUAGGUUUGGGCCGAUUAUGAAUGUUUGCAGAUAAAGCGCCUAUCGUGCCGUGUUUGGUGCUGUCCGAAGGCGAGCGAGCCAGAGUGCGUGCAGAGUGAUAAGGUCCACCAACGUUGCGUUGCAUACAUCAGUGAAUAGAUAGUGGCUGUCCUGAAGUUUACUUCUGUUACUCUCGCAGAAACCUGUACGAUAGUUUUUAUUUAUUUUAUUUUAAAAGUUUGUGCUGAGUGGCGAACCGGUACACGGUGCCAAAAUGGUUCCUCCGUCAGCCACAGCCAUCGCCGUGAGAGCCGGCGUGCUGUUUGCGUUCGUAGGCUGCCUGCUGGCUGCUCCCGAACCGAUGUCCGAUCUUAAUGCCCCGACGGCGCGUCGCUUUCACGCGAAGUUUGUGGUCGACCAGGUCGAACCAAAGCGUCCACCAUCAACCGACGACCGAUCAACGCCCUCUGCUGAUGGUUUUACGCUGCCGGCUGUAGUUGGUGCUGAGUCGACGGCUCCAACACCGUCCCGAACACGUUCGACCACGCGGUGCCGUGAGGGCUGCCUGCAAAAGCGAUCUAUCAAGGAUAUUCUAUGCACACAGCAGCGCGAAUGCUCAAUGUGCUGGGACGUGUGCAACCGUAACCACCAGAUCCGGAAGGAGAACGAGCUGGCUCAUCGUUUGUUUCUGAGCCUGGUACGCUUGAUACGAAACGAGUCGGUGGUGACGGCUGACAUCGAAUGGACGACGCCAGAGGAGUUGGUGCAGCAUCAACCAUAUUUGGUCGUACCCUCACCGCUCGCAGCUAGCGAAAACGUCGAGAGACUGUCGCGGAUUGCGCGAGACGAUGUUGGUGUUCGUGAUGGAGUAUCGCGCAUCAUGCAGACAUUAGCGAAUAGUCCAUCACCCAGCACGCCUAGCGAAAAACCGCACCUGCAGGAGUACCAUCAGUGUUUGGUGUCGUGGGAAAUCUCCGGCGGUGGCCUUACUGGCAAUUUGCUAACAGAAACGUCCAAAGUGGAACUAUCUCUGUGGCCCAACACCAAGUACCAUGUGCACGUUACCUGCCGGAAUAAGGAAACGGAUUCACUCAUCCGUUCGUCAGUUUUGCUCGUCGAUACUAGCGAGGCGGUGAUUAUAAGUCUUCAGGGAACCACCUCCACCACCACCGAAACUCCAUCACCACUAGCACUGGGGAAUGGUUCCAUCAACUCGGUCAUCCAGUCCAUUACUUCCAAUCAGAUAGACUCUGAUCAGGAUAGUCGACCUUCGUCGGUAGAUGAUGAUGACCUACGGAUGUUUUCCGAGCAGCAGCAGCAGCAGCAACACCAUCGUCAUCACAGUUUCUGGCCGUUCAAUCGGAGCAGAUCGGAGCUGUCGAGUGUUGCGUCCGGUAGCUCCAAGGAGAUUGUCAUCUUGGGCGUGUUCGUGGCACUGCUUGCUCUCGUGCUGGUGGCACUCACCGUUGUGAUAAUAGUACGCCGGAAGCCGGGACCUCACGAAGACCGGGAGCUGCUGAUCGAGAGCGAGAUCUUACCGAAGAUUCUUCACGUUUGAUAGAGGGAUGCCGAACCGAGACUCUGGCGUCGUUCGCUGUUGUAAAUAGUUUAUUUAUGAUCAACGAUCCUAAGAGCGUGUAAGUACAUUUUGCUAAAUGUCUGAUAUUCUGAUGGAGAUCCCUUAUUUUCCCUUUUCCUCCGCCCAUUCUUUCGUUUCGGUGCCCAGAUGGGGCCGCAUAAUAAUUCUUAUAAGCUCUAUUUUGCGUUCGUCUUCAUCUUAGGACUAUGGAUGCUUCUAGGAAACGAUAUUCCCGGGGCACACACUCAAUAUCAUUAUCUUUCUAUCUCGUUCUCUAACAAGAAGCGCACCACGACUAAGUUAUUACUAUUGAAAAAAGAAGCAGAAGAAAUGUCAAGCUACGAAGGUUUAAGGUACGCAAGCAAGAAAUACUAGUCUUAGAACGUGUAAAGUUGGCAAAUCGCCCAGGUUCUCUCUUCUUCGGUCAGGUGUGGACGGUCUCUUCGCAGCUGUUAGCAAUGUAUUUCUAUGCAUGUGAGUGUGUGGGAUUUAAAAGUGCUUUUCGACCCAUACUCGAAAAAUUACUGCCACCCCGGACCACGCCUACCAAACCAAACGAGCACUAUAGGAGCACUUGUUCGGCUAGUAUGAAACAGGCAGAUAUUUAAAUAUGUUGAAAUUGCUAACAAAUUUAUUCUACAAUAAAUUGAUGACAGGGGUGCCCAACACUGUGACUCUAGCUAAGAGAUAUCGUUUGGGAGCGUGAUUAAGGCGGUUUUUGGUAUGAAACGAAUACACCCAUUCACAAACACUAGCAAUCUCACUUAAAUUCUUCUUACUUUGCGUUCCUGGUGGAUGAAGAAAUGCAGCAUAGUAAAAUAUAAACCAAAUUACCCAGGUUAUUAAAAAGAUUCAAUAGAAAGCGAGUCAAUGCUUAGCACCUGAGUUUACCGAGAUAAACUGUGGCUCUGAAGCACCAUAUUUGAAGGCAUUAUGAAAAUAUGUCAGCUGUUUCAAGAUGAGUGUACCAGUCCUUACAGAACAGUCCAUAGCCUGAAGCGAACCUUUAUAAAAACAACCUUGCGUAUCAGACCCCUCAAUGUAUAAUUGAAGGUGACAUAAAGUACUGCUAAUCAGUGGAAAACCAAAUCUAAACAAAAGCAAGUUGGAAGGAGAAUCAGUAAGGUUAGAGUUAGAAACAGAAAACAGGGUGUACUAGGCUAACUGAUUUGUUUAUUUAUUAAUUAAUGAUGCCAGACUGAUGCCGUAUUGUCAACUUACUGAUUUGUGUUGCAGGUCAUAUUUGGUGCAAAGAAAAAAAACAGAUAGGAAAGUGAUUCCCAAAUCAUAUCGAGCGGGAAAGUUGUUUGUAAAAUAUGAAACAUUGAAGGCUAAAGGUUUAGAAAAAUUAGAAAAAUGGUUACUGUUGGUGCAGUUCAGUGAGUGGGAAAUAACAACAAUCAACCUAGAAAAAAAAGAACAUAAUAAAUGCAAAGAAAACCCGUUUUCGGAUGAUCUAACCGUAACUAAUCGCUAAACACUAGAGUAGGGAAAAAAUAUGAAAAAUAUUGAUAAACUCCUUUCAUCCAUUUCGAAAGCUCGGUGAUGGUUAGGAGUUUAUUGAAAACGAUGUAACAUAAAGAAAUAUUGCAAAUAUAUGUACAUUUGUGUAAAAAGACUGACUCAAGAUCAUUGUAAAAUAAAGCUCUUUUAAAAUAUAGUACAAUAAACGUCUGAUA